GAAGAAAAGAAAAAGGCAAAGAAAGUAGAAACAGGAAAUAUCAAUUCCCAUUUCCCCAAACACGCCCUUUUUCCAUUCUCGCCGGGAUUCUGCUCAGUUUAGUGUUGAAAACUGUUUAUGGUGAGAAUUAGUGGGAAUUUGAGAGACAAGGCAGGACACUGAGGUCACAAAAUGUAUGUGGUUCCUCCCCCAAAAGAGUCCGGAUCCGAAACCGGGUCGGGCGAGGUCCGGAUAUACCAGGCUUGGAAAGGAAGCAAUAAAUUCUUCCUUCAAGGAAGGUUUGUUUUUGGGCCGGAUGUAAGAUCACUGGCUCUCACUAUAUUCCUGAUCGUAGCUCCCGUCUCUAUUUUUUGUGUAUUUGUUGCUCACAAGCUUAUGGAUGACUCCUUCGAUAACUGGGGAGGAUAUGUUAUGACAAUCGCCAUUGUUUUGACAUCAUGUGAUUUGAUGCUUCUCCUGCUGACCUCCGGAAGAGAUCCAGGUAUAAUUCCCAGAAAUGCCCAUCCGCCCGAGCCUGAGGGUUGUGACGAUAAUAACACUGGAGGCUCUCAAACUCCACAGCUACGUUUGCCUCGUAUUAAAGAAGUAGAAGUGAAUGGCACCACAGUGAAGAUUAAGUACUGUGACACCUGCAUGUUAUACAGACCUCCCCGUUGCUCCCACUGUUCGAUAUGCAAUAACUGUGUCGAACGAUUCGAUCACCACUGCCCUUGGGUUGGACAGUGCAUAGGACUGAGAAACUACCGGUUUUUCUUCAUGUUUGUCUUCACUACCACACUACUAUGUGGAUACGUUUUCGGCUUCUGCUGGUUUUACAUCAAAAGGAUCAUGAUUAAAGACGAUAUAUCUAUCUGGCGAGCAAUGAUCAAAACCCCCGCCUCCAUAGCUCUUAUCAUCUACACGUUUAUCGCAGUUUGGUUCGUUGGCGGCCUUAUGACGUUCCAUCUCUACCUGAUCUGCACAAAUCAGACUACGUACGAGAACUUCAGAUAUAGAUACGACCGUCGUGCCAAUCCCUACAACAAAGGGUUGGUGCUGAACUUCAUUGAGACACUCUGUGGCUCGAUACCUCCAUCAAGGAACGAUUUUAGAGCCAAGGUGCCGAGGGAAGCUGCUCUACCCGCUCGGUCCGUGGCUGGUGGUUUUGACAGUCCUAACACGGGGAAAGGUGUGGACGACAUCGAGAUGGGGAGGAAGGGCGUGUGGGGGGAUAUUGGGUCGGUUUUAGAUCAACACGAAGGCGAACUCAGUGGCAACGAUGGGUUAAGCAGAAAAAGUGGCGGAUUAGGCGAAAUGCAUCCGGAGACGAGGAGUGGAGUGGACGAGGGUGGUGGAGGCCGGGGUGGAAUGCACUCGAGCUGGGGGAGAAGGGGUGGGAACUGGGAGAGGUCUCCCGAGAUCCUUGCUUUGGCUUCUAGAAUGGCGGAGACGAACCCGGGUGUUGGGAGCGGGAGCAUCGCUGCGACGACGCAGCCGACUUAGGCAAGAUUAUGACAUUGUUGGGACAAACCAUUUUCUGAUGGUGGUUGUGUGAGAAUGGCUGUUGUUUAAGGUGGAGUGGUGUUUGUUUGUAGUGUAUUCAAGUUUGUUUGCAAUCUCUCUUUCAACUUCAUUUGUAGUAUUAACCAUCCUAUCAUGUACAGAGUUCUAUUCCAACUUAUUUGAGUCGAAUUUCUUACUUCGUUUGAUGUAGUUAACUCAUUGUUUUUUGCUACAAAAAUCAUACACUCUCUUUCUUAUGUUAUUUGCUUUAAUCA